CAUCAACGGCGGACAAGGCCGCCAUAUUGAAUCACUCUCGUUAAUUUUUGCGCAGAGGCGGCGUGAAUUUUUUCUCCUUGCGCGGAAGGUAGCGGCUCAAGGUUGUGUCUGGGUCUCCGGGAUCGUGACGAUCGUUUCGCGGUUACCGCUGCCACGCGUCACCCCGGCGCGAUCACACACAGUGUUUGUUGUUCCCUGGUGUAUUGGACGGGUUGUGUGUCCGUUUGUCAUUUUCCCCAGCGAAAAACAAGAAGCGUAAAUGGUAAACGCGAUGAACGGAUACAAGGCGCGGGAAUGGUUCGCGGAAACAUGCGGAAAUCGUGGCUACAGAAUCGCCAGCCGGUGAAGUGUGCUCGCGAUAGGGAGGGACACUCGAGGGAAGCGAAGUGUACGCGUACACUGACUGCGGUAUGUCGUGUGCGCCAUGUCAUUGUACGUAAGCGAUAGUAUAGAGUGUAAUAUAUAUCGUGGAGUUGAGUGAAGUGGAGUGGAAAGCGACCGGCUACCUUGCCUGCCUAACUGUCUGCCUAACUGCGUGUCUUUGCCCGCCUGCCUGCCUGCCUGCCCGAUCGACUACCCGACUUCUACCACCCAUCUGCCCGUUAUAUUCGUCGACCGCCUUUGUGCAAUUGAUUCGUAUGCCCGAACGGUUUACACGAAUUCGGACCAACCUUUUUCAUUCACCGACCGCUCGACGGCUGGCUCAGAGUCGCCGCGUUUGAGAGAAUGGAAGCCAUGGAUUUGGACGGGGAUGCAGUGGUGGACCUGAGUGUUAGUAGCAGUGGCAGAAGGAAUUCUCCAUCGAUUGCUGUUAAUUCUGAUGUAGGAGUUCCAUUAGAUUUAGGUCUUCAUUUUUCUUCGAACCCUAACCUGGAUAACAGUAUGCCGGAAGCACGUAAUAUCCAAAAUGCAGCAAGGGGAAUUCUGGCUCCAAAAUCUGCAGAUGAUAGGAAAACGCGUCGUAACCUUAGACCUAGAAGUGAAAUAAGUUAUGCAGAGACACCGGAUGAACGUAGAAUAAAUGGUUACGUAAAUGGAAAUGCGGAUAGCGAUGAAGGUGGUGAUAUGCCUCCUCUGCCUCCAAUCAAAGAACUAUCGUCGGAUGAGCUGGCUGAACGUGAAAGAACACUUAGGAAAUUAAGGGAGGAACUUAGAUCUGAGGAAAUGAAGUUGGUGUUACUGAAAAAACUACGGCAAUCGCAGCAACUGAAAGAAAACAUUGCUGCCGUACCAAAAGUACCCAGCAAGUUACCACCACCAGUUACAGUACAACAAGCUCCCCUUAGUCAUAGAACUGGGAAAGCACCUCCACCUCUACUUAGGGGACAACCUGCACCUAGUAGGAGUAGUAUACAUGUUCCUCCACCUGGAAUGUUAUUACCGCCUACAGCAGCCCGAAGUUCUACUUCCAGUACUGGAAUACCACCAAACAUGAUCAUACCACAACCGCCACAUCCUAGGAGCAGGCCACCUAGUGCAACACCAAAUGUAUCGAAUUAUCAUGCACCAGCAGACCGAACUGAGAGAUCCACAAAAGAUCCAACUCCCACUCCGGCACAUCAAGUAAGUAAGCUGCUUGUUGGAUCUCAAGAAAAUAAAACCACCGCAUCCUUAAGCACACCUGUGAUUUCAGAACAGGAAAGACAGCCAAGGGAUGAUAAUCAGACGCCUGCACAACGUCAAGCGGCUGCUAAACUGGCUUUGAGGAAACAACUCGAGAAGACGUUGUUACAAAUACCGCCUCCUAAACCACCUCCACCGGAGAUGCAUUUUGUACCUAAUCCCUCGAAUACAGAGUUCAUUUAUCUGGUUGGUCUGGAACAUGUAGUCGAUUUUAUUACUAAAGAGCCUGCUAUUCCGCCACCACCAGAGCCAUUCGAGUGUACGCAAUGCAAAACGGACUUCACGCCUGUGUGGAAGUGGGAGAAGCCGAUCACUGGUAACAAGAAGGAAGGUCCAAGAGGACAGCACGCAACUUUCCAGAGACCUCCUGCAGGUCGUGAUCCUAGAGUUAUAUGCGAACAUUGUGUAACGACCAAUGUUAAGAAAGCUCUGAAAGCUGAGCAUACUAAUCGGUUAAAGACAGCGUUUGUAAAAGCGCUGCAACAGGAACAGGAGAUAGAACAAAGGUUGGCACAGGCAGCGUGUCCAAGUCCGGAUCCACCAGCUCCAAAACCAGUUCCUAAAGCAGCUACUCCUACAAGAAGAGUAGCAACGCCACCAGCCCCUCCACCACAGGUACCUCCAGCGCCUACGUUAGCACCUACUCCCCCUGCACCCAAGCUGCAAGAGCAUCCCCUGGUUAAAUUGGCUGAAAGCGGGAAAUUCAGCCCGCACCAUGCUGCUGCUGCAGCCGCUUUGCAGCAACAGUUGCUCAGAGAGUUGGCGAAGAAUCCUGUACCAGGUCUGCCACCUCAUCAACCUCUUCCUGCUCAUAUGAUGCCACCGUUUACCUCGAUAUUGUAUCCUUAUCAGCUGGCAAUGGCGCAGGCCAGUGGCAAGGGUCUCGCAGAGUUACAACGACAAGCGGCAGAUCUGCAACGCCAAUACUUGCUCGAUAUGAUUCCGUCGCAAGCGUCUCAAGCACAAGGCAAUCAGGCCCCGCCACGGGCCCACCCACACAAUUGGAAGACGUAACCAGACGCAUUUAAAGAUCAGACAGUAAUUGCGAAUAAAUGAAACUGCAGAGCUGUGUUAGAGAAUAUUGAGGAGCAAGAUUAUAAAUCUUGUAUUCUUUUUCGACGACAUCGUAUUAAAGGGAUCUAACGGAGUGUGACGAUCGCAUUUUCAUGCACUUAGGAUAAUAUACCAAUCGCUGGAUCGGUAUCUUUAUUACAAAGUGAAGCUCAAACCGAUUUAAUGGACGACAAAUACUUCUUAUAUUAUUGUGAACAAAAGGAGAAACUAACGACCAUCAUUUUGUGAAUAUUGCAUUGACGUGUGAGUGUGAGUUUAUUGUUAUUCGAAAGGUUCGAGGUUUUAAUUGCCGCCGAAACAGAAAAAUGAGUCGAAGAACUUUUAGUUGUUACCGAGCAAGAUCACCAUAAAAGAAAAAGAAUUAUGGGAAGCAAAUUCUUUUACGAUUCUCGAAGAUCGAUAGAUGAAAAAUGAAACACGUUAAAACGACCAAUUGAUUUUUCAAAGAGCAAUAUCUGUUCCUUUUCUUAUUAUCUUGUGUUGGUUAUCUGCGAUACCGAAAAGAAAAGGAGAAAACUAUAUAGGUGAAUAUGUCAAUCAAUCAGAUUCGAGUAAGUGCAUAAUAACUUGGACGCACACAUGAAUGAAUAUAAUUGCUUCAAUUACUACAUUAUAUAUAUAUAUAUAUAUAUAUAAAUAUAUAUAAAGAACCAAAUGGACAUUUGUAUGGCACUAAGGACAGUAGUAAGUGUUAACGUGAUUAAUACGAAUUGGUUGAUCUAAUGAUAGUAGUGAUAAUCGAGGAGCGGGAAACAUGUGGAGAAGUGAAACAAAAUGAAGUUUCAAACAAAGUAAAAGAAAUAGAAGGGUGGAAUCUUUUUUAAGACCCUUAUGAUUAAGCCGACCUUAGUUGGUGGUUCGAAUCAUUUUUUCCAACCAUCGGCGGUACCUGUACUCUGUGUAUAUCUCUUUAUUUUCUUCAAACUGUGAGUAUUUUUAAGGCGAUUAUAAAAUGUGAAAGCGAGAGAGGGAGAGAAAGUAAGAGAGAGAGAGAGAGAGAGUACGAGUGAGAGUGGGAGAGAGAAAGAGUAAUAGCUACGACAAAAUUGAUCUUUGUAAGAAAUUGUGUGUGUUAGUGAUAGUCAGCAAAAAUGAAUGUGGGAGUGAUAGUAAUUUUUCUCUUUUUUUUUCUUCGUCGAGAUACAAAAUAGAGAACGAGCAUUCAGCAUGUUUUUAAAUUAGAGUGACACGAGUGUCAUUCGCGCACAAAUUGUUGUUAGAGAAAUUCGUAAUUAAUAAUAAUGGUAAGACUUUGGGUCAUAUUGAUGCAGGAUGUGUUACAACAUGGAAACGAAACGAAAGGUUCAAAUAUCUCUCUCUCAAUAUAUAUAUAUUACAUUAAAAAAAAAAAUAUAUAUAUAUAUAUACAAGCAAACGAACGAAGAAAAAAAGAAACACUAUGGAUAUAAUAAAUUAAUGGAUAGCGCGAUUGAUUUCAUGUGUCACGUCGAUGUAAAAGUAUUUAAAGCGAAAAAAAAAGAAAUCUUAACUGGACGUAUGUAUCCAAAAAGUUUUACCGAACCGCUUCUAAGUGGCAAGAUGGCCGAAUUUUUACGAAAAAAAAAUCCUCUCUAACCAAAAAGAUAAAAAGGAAAAAAAAAGAUAAGAAAGAAAAAUUUGCACUUGAAAGAGUUACAAAUCUCCGGCACACGAUCCCAGUAACAUAUUUAUCACAUACACACACCACUCUCCACCACUAAUAAUCCGAUGAUUUUACAUUGAUUCCGGCUAACUGAUCUUGGUCCACAACAAUCUUUCCGAAUCACUAAAUAAUAUAGUUAACUGUAGUCUUGAUAUUUCUCUCGGUAUAUGAUACAAGUUAAUAAACUAAAAAUAGCAUAAUCAUCUCUCUUUGUACUACGUGAUAGAUUUUCAACUCAAUACUUGAUAUAAACGAAAUGUACACCGUAAACGUAAACGUCUUACGAUCGCAUAAUAGAUCAAGAUCUGUGUUUUUUGUGUAAGAGGGAAAAAUGGAAAUCGAAGUAAUAUCAUUGUCUACACGUUUAUCAUCGUUGCCAGGGCGCUACCGCUGUAAUUAUCCUCCCGUCGUAUUCAAGAGAAACUGACAAGAAGAAGAAGAAAAAAAAGAACCCGAUUAUUUUAUUAAUUAAUUUAUUUGCGUGGACGCACGAGGACGAGCGGGGAGAACCGCGCUUUUGUGCCGAACAGUACAAUUACUUUCGAGCCUAUACAAAAUUAUAUCUUUGUUCACUCACUCGUGUUCUAGUUUCUUAUCGAAAAAUUUAUUUUCUACGAUCGAUGACCAAGAACAUUUAUUAUUUUGUACAGAGUGCUUCGACAUCGACAAAAUUCGCUAUUUUAAAGAAAGAAGAAAGCGUUGAUAAGGAAACAAGUUUGAGCAAUGAACAUCUUUAUUUUUAGAAGUGCUUUUAGAAUUAUGUAUAUUUUUAAGCCUUUUUUUUUUUCUUUUAAACGUAACACUUCACAAAGAGUCAUGGUAACGCGAGGUUACGAAACUGAUGACCGCUUUCCGAAGGAGCUGCGAGAGCUUAUUAUUGGCUUCGAUGUUCGUUACUCUCCGUGAGGUUGAUUAUUAACGUUUCUUAUAGUCUAAUAUUGUAUACUCAUUAUCCGGCAAGGUUGACCUCGACGUCACCUUCGGCAAAGGAUAAAAAGGAAGUUUGUUUCUUUUAAUUUUGUUCAGUGCGUAUAGACAUUGCUACUUUUUUGAACAAGUCGAUUGCGUGUGGUACUGCAUCUAGCAAUACAUACAUACGUUAUAUACCAGGGUGAAAUCAUGGAAAAACGAAACACCGAGAUAUCUCUUACCGGCAUCGAAGACUACUUUACGGACAUGCUAUAAUUAAAUAUAGCUCCGUAUUAUUUUCUUUUAAACAAGGAAUCAUCUCGCAGGAAGUUGUUGGAUCACUCGCGAUAUCAUUUCUUGUUUUAAGAUUAGGGAAUUUGCCAUUGCCGUUGUAUGAUUUAUCGAAAAUUCGUCGGUUGUUUCAUCGGUCCAUUUCGCCCAGUAUUUUAACACGUUCAAAUCGAUGCAUAUCCAGACGAUGCUAUGCGACACGCCUAAUUGUUUUCGCGUUCGUCGAACGGUCUCCCUCGCCUCGUGACGUAAACGGCGUUCAUCGAAGUGACAAGUUGGUGCACCACCCGUGCACCACCCUCACCGACUGCCGAAUGAAUAUUUCGCCUAAGUUCUUUUCGUGUGACCCGUUCACGACGUCGGCGAAUCGUCGAUUCUGUUCUCGCGCGCGCACGAUCUCUCGUGACGGUUCGAAACUGCAUUUUCUCGUGGACGAAACGGAAACCUUCUAAAAAAAAGAACAAGAGAAAAAGAAAAAACAAACGAAAUAACGAUAACGAAAAUAAUAGCAACCGGAAAUAGAAAACUGAACAGGUGAACACAAAUAAGUUUCUUCCUAUCUUCCUUUCUAGUCUUGUCUUUCACCUCUGCGUGGUGCUAUUUAAGAGCUAAAGCACUUUUUGAGUGCGAACGUAAUUUUAUAUUCUAAAAAUAGAGAGAGAGAGAGAGAGAAAGAGUGAGAGAGAGAGAACGAGAUAAACGUACGAAAGGAAACAGUGUUUUUUCGCUAAACGAGAGGAGAGAGAAACUUUUUGGGGAAAUUUUUCGCGCGGGGCGGUAGUGUGUGUGGAAGAAGAGAAGAAAACAAAAGAUAAGAAGGGGUGAUUAUAAUGGGGAUCGAAGUUUGAAGACACGAUAGUUAAAGCAAUACAGAACUUCGAACAUGGCGGAUUAGUAUUCUUAAGGUACUUGGGAAGCUGUGUGAACGAACCACGUGGUCGUCCGAUAUAUCGUGGGGGGACACGAGAUAAGAAUGAGAAACGAAAAGGGGGAAAAAAAAGAAAAAGAAAAAUGAAAAGAAACGAAUUAUAAAUGAAGAAAAUACGCACGCAAUAUUGUCCGCAGGAAAGGGGAACGUGUUUUAUAGGCGUCGUGGAAAUAAUUGAACGUCCAAGAAAUUCUUACCGUUGUAUCUUAAGUCUGACUACCUGACCGAGAAUCUCUCUGCCCCACAAUUUAUAGGAUUAGUAGUUAAACAAACAAAAAAAAAACGAAAAAGUACAGUUUACCGAAUACUCUGGAGACUACACGAAUAAAGCUUAUCAAUGAUUGUAUCUCGAGUGAUUGUUUAUUGUCGUUAUUUGUAUUCCGAAGUCAACAGUCGGUGGCGAGACGCUGUCGAACAAGCGGAACACCUUUUUUUUUCUCUCUCUUGAGAGAAAGAGAGACAGAGAGAGAGAGAAAGAGGACGCAACGUGACAGAUCGGCGAACGCUAAUGCGAGAACUAUGUUUAUAAUGCUCGAUCGUAGGAUCGUCGACGAACAUUGUAAAUUAUUGGAAUCGGAGAUGCGUGUGUUUCAAAAGCGGCUGCCGGUUGUACAGUUCGUUUAGAAAAUUUCCCUUAGGUAAUCCGAUAAAAUAAUAAACGGUGUGAGCGGGGUAAGUCUAGGUGUCUGCGACUGUUAGCCUGUAGGAGGUAUUCAUUUUUUACUAAUUUUGUAAAGCUGCCUGAGAACGCUCAAGAAUUCGUGACUACAAAGUCGAUGACUUUCCUUUGUUUUUAUUCUUUCUUUCUUUUCUCUUUGUGUCUGAUUUCCUUCUUUUCUUUCUUUUUUUUUUCCUUUUUUCGACACGUCCGUACAACAAGAAGGACACAGAAAGGUUUUUUCUUACACGCUGCGGAUUGGUCGUUAAAAUGUUUCUAUCAAAAUGGACCAAUGUCUCUCGUUAGGCCAUUUCUCACUGGAAAUCGAUAUCGAAAUCUUACUUUGACCAUGAUUGGGCUGCGACGCGAACUCGAAAGAAAUCGCCCGGGCUCGUGGAACCCGACAAGCAUGUGUACGUUGUCAGAUAUUUUAUUUAUACAACAACAAUGAUUUCGUUAGAAGACUUUCACUCUGUUAAUUUUUGCGAAUUUGACUGUGUAUCACACGAAAAAAUAAACAAUUAGAAGUAGAAGUAGCCUGGACCGUA